AUCCAUCCACUUUCGCUCAGUAGUCGCGUGGAGCUCACAGCUGUUGGUUGGAUCUAGUGGUGGAUCAUAUUUUAGUUGUUAGCAAUUCCGUAUUUACAUUUUGCACACAACAAUGUCGCACAUUAAAAACCUAAUACCCAGCACAGUGAAUCCAGAUCUUCAAAAGGAACGUUCUGCAGCAGAAUUCAAUGUGGAGGAGUUCUCCGCCUGGUGGCACGGUGGUCAAGACAAACUGAAGAAGAAGCGCGAGAUUGAGAAAGCGAUCUUCAGCGAUCUUGAGGAUGGCUAUGGCCUCAACCAUGAGUACAUGUCCCACGAGGAGGUCUACAAUUCCACGGUGAAGAAGGUGGCUGAGGCAGCAGUUAAGCUCAAGGCUCUGCAGAACAAGCUUAAUCCUGGAGGAACUGACAUCUGGCCUGGAGGACUAUUCAAUGCACAGAGCUUUGGACUUUUCCCGGCUAAUCAUCCGGUUGCCACCCACAUCACCAUGUUCGUGGAUGUGAUCAAAGGUCAGGGCACUGCCGAACAGGUGGAGAAGUGGGGCAAGGCGGCGGAGAACUGCAACAUUAUCGGCACCUACGCCCAAACGGAGCUGGCCCAUGGCACCAAUGUCCGUGGCUUGGCCACUCGGGCUGACUUUGAUCCCAAGACGGAUGAGUUUGUGCUAAAUACACCGAACUUGGAGGCCUACAAGUGGUGGCCCGGCGGCUUGGGACACACUGCCAAUCAUGCCAUGGUGGUAGCUCAACUAUAUAUCGCCGAUGUUCAUCAUGGCGUGCAAAUGUUUAUUGUGCCCGUAAGAGAUUCCGAAACUCACAUGCCACUGCCGGGUGUCGAUAUCGGUGAGAUUGGCAAGAAGCUCGGCAUGGCAUCCGUGAACCAGGGCUUCCUGGGACUGAACCACGUCCGAAUUCCGCGCACCAACAUGCUGAUGAAGUUCGCUAAGGUGGAGCGGGAUGGCACCUUCAAGGCCAGUCCGGCAUCGAGGAUUAACUACCUGACCAUGGUGUACACGCGCUGCCUGAUCGUUAGCCAGAACUCCACGCUGCUCCUGGCGGCGGCAACCAUAGCCACAAGAUACUCGGCGGUGCGGCGUCAGAGUCCCAUUGAGCCCAAUCAACCCGAGCCUCAGAUCAUAGAUCAUGUGACCCAGCGCCUGAAGCUCUUCCCCGAGAUCGCUACGGGUAUCGCCUACCACCUGGCCACCGAGUACGUGUGGGAGAUGUAUGCCCAGACGGUGCAGGAAGCCAAUAACGGCAAGUUCGAGCGACUGCCCGACAUGCACAUCCUGUCCUGCGCGCUCAAGGUCCUCUGCACCACUGACGGCUGUGCUGGCAUUGAAAAACUUCGUCUGUCCACUGGAGGACAUGGUUACCUCACCGCCGCCAACUUGAGCAACAUCUAUGGCAAUGCUGUGGCUGCCUACACCUACGAAGGCGAGAACACGGUGCUGCUUCUGCAAAUCGGACGUGCUUUAGUAAAGGCAUGGGCUUCGUUCGUGGACAAGAAACCACUGUCCGCAUCCUACAGCUACUUUGCGAGCUCCAUGCAGCUGAAGGAGUUCCCCAAGUGGGACGACUCCUGGCAGUGCAUCAUCAAGGCUUUGCAAUACACGGCUGCACACAAAACCCGCAUCGCUUUCGAGAAUCUAGCGAAUCGCAUGGCCAGCGGACAGUCUCAAGGUGUGGCGGCCAAUAACACGGGAAUCGAACUGACUCGUGCAGCUGAGCUGCAUGGUCGCCAGUUCGUGUGCCAGACAUUUCUGGAGCAGAUCACUGGUGCCAAGGCCCAGAAGCGAUCCCCCGCACUGAACAAGAUAUUGGAGAACGUGCUGGAACUAUUUCUGGUCCAGACUGUGCUUAAUAACCUCAAUGACAUCUUAAGAUUCAUUCAGCUCAGCGAUGCGGAUCUGCGAUCGCUGCAAAGACGCUUGGAGGAUUCUCUGGAGCAGUUCCGACCCAAUGCGGUGGCCAUAUGCGAUGGGUUCGAGUUCCACGACCGUGUGCUGAACUCCGUGCUGGGCAGCUACGAUGGCAAUGUGUAUCCCAGGCUCUUCGAUUCGGCCAAGCGCAGCACCAUGAACCAGAAACCCGUCCAAACAUCCUUUGAGACCUACCUGAAGCCCCUGAUGAAGGCUAAGCUGUAAAGCAAACACACCAACGACCGAGUCAUGUGUACAUAGAGUUAUAUUAAAGGAGAGAAACUACAUGUUUUGUUUAAAUUAGUUUUAUACCAGUUUUAUUUAGCAAAUCAAAACCAAUUUCUCAGUACAUUCAGCGCAUUUUAAAAAACUAACAAACUAAACGCUUACAAAGUAGCAAAAAAGUUGAUGUAAAAUUUGACAAAACGUACUAUGGGUCGAGAGUUGAACAAACAUAGUACUUGUACAUAUCAAAAAAGUUGCGGUUGCGUUUUUUACAGUGUAGAAAAAGUUGUGUUCAGAAAAAUGUUUUAGUUCCUGUUGCUGCUGUUGCUCAUGUUUUCAUGUUUGCUUGUGUUUGUGUGUGUGUGAGAAGUGUGCAUGUUUUUUGUGUGUGAGUUUCAGUUUGGAUUCCGGAAAGGGG